CACUCUGUGAACUGUUGAGUCACAAAGUUUGGUGAGCCCAGUCAAUUGCUUCCUGCUACUAGAAGGAAAUUAAUUCUUCAUUAUGCAGAGGACUUGACAAGUUGUUUUCCAGAGAGGCCGUUCGUAGUUAUGUCACACUACUUCUACUUGACUCCACAAAUUCUUCUGCCCUUUAGCCCUCUUACUUCUCAAGAGUUUGAUCUGAUCAGACGCAAGGCUGGAGCAUCUUGGCAGGAUGAAACACGAUGGUCAGAUUCUUCCGUGACAACAUACACAGGCAGUUACCGGAAAAAACAACUGGACAAGUCCAUGUGCAGCCAAUUUUCUUUUAGAGCAGGACAGCAUGAGCCUGAGUGUAAACAGAUGUCAUUGACAAACAGUUCUGCCUGUCGUCUUCUCUGCUGGGCUGGUACCCAAGAGACUACAGAUAUCAAAGGACUAUUCCCUGAUAUAACCAGGCCCUUUAAAAAGUCAUUUGAUGUCAAGCAUGGAGUGGCACAUCAAAUUUGGGAUUUUGGUGAUGGUUUUCCGACACCUCCAAAUUAUGGAAAAUACUGUGUGAGACCUAAAAAGUCAGCACAGGAGGCCCUGAUAAACUACAGUCGACGAGGGAAAGGUGUCCUAAAGCAUCUUCAUGGACGGUGCGAUUCUGAAAGCAAGGUUUGCUCAUCUGAGGAUUCAGAAGCUGAUCGAUACUCCGAUUAUGGUUGGGGAGGACCCUCAUCGCCAUUUAACUGAGUUGGAAAAUGAAGCCACAAUGCUGGAGGCGUGGAGUUUGCUUAAUAAACAACUUUGAGGUGGAAUAUAAGCCUCGAGUUUUAGCUGGACUGCCAGUGAGGCUGUAUGUGUUUCCUUAUGACAAUGAGCCCUGAAUCCUGCUACAUCAGAGAGAACAAGAUCUUUGCUUCAUUCCCUGUGGUAAUUACGAGGUUAGAAAGAACUCACCAGCGAAAAUUUCUGGACCUGAUGCCUUUAUAAACGAACCAACCAUAUUUCUCCACAAUUAUACGUAAAUAAAGGCAGAAGCUGUUUCUCCACCAAGGUGCCUUUUCCCCGGCUGCUCCCACCCACAACAAUAAGAUAAAACCAGUAAGAUGGAGUGUGUUCCCCUGUCCUUCACUUUCAAGAUGAACUCAAUACAUUUUUUUAACAGAGUUUAGGAAUUUUACCUGAAUAAACCUAAAUUGUGUAUAUUUUCUCAUCGGUCCUACCUGGAACUCAAUGAACCCUUUCAAUACAAAUAAAAAAGCCUUUCCAAGGUCUUCUUUAAACAUGCCAGAGAAAAUGGCUUGAAAAGGUCAGCCAUUCCCAGCACUUCCUGUAAUGCCUCUCUUAGAGAAACUCAGCUUCCGGAGAGUAAAGCAGUUGGUGAUGGAGCAUAGAGGGCUGACAGCCCAGGCCCUACUCACUCACCUGUGUGCAGCGAGAGGUGUCGGGACAAUGUCUGCUGUCGGCCAAACACUUUCCCACACACGUCACAGGGAAAAAGCUGGUCAUUGAAUUUCCAGGAUGGUAAUCCAUUUCCUGCCUCUAGGACUAUCUUUUCUGUUUCUGGGUCAAAAGAGCAAAGCAUCAUGAGAAAUAAGGCAACAAGAAUACAUUUUCUGUUAGUCAACAUUCAGGAUUUCAGCAGAGCCUUCUCUCUGAAGAAUGUGGCUAGUAAUUGCAAAUGAGUCUCCGUAACUGGUUUUCCUGCUCAUUUCCUGUCUCUAAGAAGGCCGUUCUUGAAAGCUGCGGUGGCAUGUGGAUUCCGACCCCUGUCAGUUCUUCAGUAUUUUCUCUCUUUCAUCACUAAAGACCAGCCAACUAACCCUCUAGUCAGUUGAUAGCACUGGGCCCAGUAUACAGCAGAUACUCAAUAAAUACUUGUUAAAUAAGUUGCCUGAGUUGCAUGUUAAAAUUCCAGAAAUGUAGGCUCUUGCCACAAGGCAGUAAAUAAAGAAUUGUAGGCUGGGCUUGGUCACUUAACACCUGUAAUCCCAGCACUUUGGGAGGCCGAGGCGAGUAGAUCACUUGAGCUCAGAAGUUCAAGACCAGCCUGGCCAACAUGGUGAAACCUUGUACCUACUAAAAAUACAAAGAUUAGCUGGGCAUGGUGCCUGUAAUCCCAGCUACUUCAGAGGCUGCGGCACAAGAAUAGCUUGAAGCUGGGAGGCGGAGGUUGCAGUGAGCUGAGAUCACGCCACUGCACUCCAGCCUGGGUGACAGAGUGAGACGCUGUCUCAAAAACAAACAAACAAACAAAAAAAGAAUUGUAAAUCUCAGAUUCUGAUGUGAAAAUAAAUGGUCCUAUCCCUUGAAAGGAAAUAUGCUUUCAUUCUCUUUAAGAAGAAAGCUUUGCUCUUCAUUCCAGUUUGUGCAAAAUCCUUAAUGAGGAAUUUGUGCUAAGUAGAAUCAGUGAUAACUACCGCAUGCUGUGCCACAGAAAAUUCCCUAAUGCAAGAAUGAACCAGAAUUUCCCCCAAAGGUCUCGUAUUUGGGAAAACAGUUCGUGCCACAAGUUAUCUACCCAUAAUUCAUAGCCAUGAAUGAAAUAAAUGGACUUUAAUACAUUC